AUGAGGAGUGAUGAAGUAUAUAGGAGAAGUGAUGAAGUAUAUAGGAGAAGUGAUGAAGUAUACAGGAGGAGUGAUGAAGUAUAUAGGAGAAGUGAUGAAGUAUAUAGGAGGAGUGAUUAAGUAUAUAGGAGAAGUGAUGAAGUAUAUAGGAGGAGUGAUGAAGUAUAAAGGAGAAGUGAUGAAGUAUAUAGGAGAAGUGGUGAAGUAUAUAGGAGGAGUGAUGAAGUAUAUAGGAGAAGUGAUGAAGUAUAUAGGAGGAGUGAUGAAGUAUAUAGGAGUGAUGAAGUAUAUAGGAGGAGUGAUGAAGUAUAUAGGAGGAGUGAUGAAGUAUAUAGGAGAAGUGAUGAAGUAUAUAGGAGGAGUGAUGAAGUAUAUAGGAGAAGUGGUGAAGUAUAUAGGAGAAGUGAUGAAGUAUAUAGGAGAAGUGGUGAAGUAUAUUGGAGAAGUGAUGAAGUAUAUAGGAGAAGUGGUGAAGUUUAA